AUGACUACCAGGAUAACCAUACGCGCUUCGUCACCGUCCACGGCCAGGACAACCCCCCUCCUCCCCCCCAUAGACGCCGCAUCCCCUCACCAACAUCCUUCAAUGGAACUUCCUUCGAAGUUCACCAGCGGGGAUUGCACAUCCUUCCCCGAGACCGCCACAAGUUCAGGAAUGCUCGGGUUUGCGCUGCCAGUCACCCUUACCCGCAGCUCUUUUGCUCACCGCUCCGGAAAGUGUCGACAACGGGGCGUGCGAACCGCGCGGCCGCGCACUCGAAUCCGCUGCGUCGCCGAACCGCCUGCGGAGCCGCCUACAAGCCCCGAUGCUAUCCGCGCCCUCAUAACCUCCGAGGGAAAGGCGGACCAGCAGAGAGGCCUCCUUCUCGUGCGGAAGCUGCCUCCCGCCGUCGCCCUCGAGCUCCUGCUUCUGUCCAUCCAGACGAGCACAAAUGAGUUCAUUCGCUCCACCGCGGCUAUCACCAUCGGCCAGCUCCAAUUUCCGGACCCCGCCACGGCUUCGGCAGCCGUGGACGCCUUGGUCUCGUUACUGGCGACGGACACGGACUACUCAGUGCGUUCGGCGGCCGCCGCGGGAAUGGGAUAUGUUGUGGGCUUGCCAGAUGACGCGCUCGCUGCUCUCCAUGAGGCUUUGGCCCGUGCGUUGAUAGAGGAUUCGGAGUGGCAAGUUCAGUUGAGUUGUUUGGCAUCUUUGGGGCAUUUGAAGGAUGAGAGGGCCGUGCCAAUUCUUUUGCGUUGGAUGGAUUCGGAUAACGAUCUUUUAGUGCAGGCUUCAAUUGGCGCAAUGGGAGAUAUUGGCGACCUGGGAGUUGUGCCAGACUUGCUGAAAGUGCUAGGAAGCAAAGACAUGAUGACUCGCCAGCGACUCGCGCAUUCCCUUGGGCAGAUGAAGGACGCCAGGCAUGAGCCUUCUGUGAUCGAUGCACUCCGCAUUCUCAGCAAAGAUCAGUCCUUUGCUGUCCGAGAUGCUGCAAAGGAGGCUUUGACCGACUUCGGAUGUAUGGAAGCCGCAAAGCCUGAUUCGAUGUCUGAUGACGAAAGGCUAGACCUCGAGGUCGCCAACUUGCUUGAAGGGGACGAGGGUCGGAAUGUUGGUGCUAGCGCCAGUGAGGCGAUGCGUCGGCGCUUGGAACGAUCUUUUGACAAAGAGUAUGUCGAAGACCCUGAUGCAUUCAGCUCUGUUGCGAAGCGGUCAAACACAUCUCAGGAUGAGUCGGAGGACGAUGAUAGAGAACAGAAUAUUGUCGACCCAGAAGUUGCCAAGCAGUCGGACGCUGAAUUUGAGGACCUCAUGAAUGACUUGAAACAUGGUGAACAUCUCGAUCAAACAAUGGCUGGUAUUCGAUUAAGGAAGUUUGAUGGAAAGCGGGUUUCGAAAGCGGUGCUCGAAGCAGGGGUACUGGACGCCUCUCGUUUCUCUGAAAGAGUACGGUCCCUUUGUGUUACCCUGCUUGCGCGUGGGGGAGAGCUUUGGGAGGUCAUUAGUGUGCUUAUGGGAGACCCAGAUCAGAAUGUUCGCAGUGCAUGUUGCGACGCAAUAGCUGAGAUUGGCGGGGGUUCUGUAGGUGUUGAAGCAUGCCUGAAGGCGUUCAAAACUGAUAAGCACUGGUUGGUGAGAGUCAGUGCGGCAAUUGCUCUAGGAAGUAUCGGGAAGGGGUUUCCGAAUGCGGAGCAAGAGUUGAUGGAUUCAUUACUUCCUGGUGGUGUCGAAGGUUUAGAAAGCCCGCAAGACUCCGUGGUGAGAAGGCAUGCGGUGACGGCUUUGGGAUUUCUAGGAUCGGAAAAAUGUUUACCAGUCAUAAGAGCACUUCUCAACGGUGAGGACAGUGAUACGGCGAUAAGAUAUCGAAUUGCGGGGGCGUUGAGGGGAAUUCACUGCAAGGAAAGCGCAGCUCUCGUGCGAACAUUAGUUCACGAUGGUGACAAUGAGGUGUCAGGGAUGGCCCAAGGAACUCUGGACGCAUUGGCGCAGUACGGCUUUAGUUAG